GUGGGAGGCUCGAGAGCUCAGCGCAGAGCUUGGUGAUCCAGGGCAAGAAAACGCACUGUGCGCCGCCGAGGAGCCGCGUGCAGGAAGCAUGUCCAGUACCGGAGGUACGAUUUCAAAGACGAAAGAAGGAGUGCCUCAGUGGUCGGGCGAAGCGAGUACGUUUACUGAAUAUGAGGAACAGUGUUUGUUGUAUGAGCAGAGUGUCGAGUACCACAAGCGCUACAUGGUUGCUCCUCGUCUUAUCAGUGAGCUACAAGGCCCGGCCCGGAGGUUGGUGGUUGGAAGGAAGCCAGACUGGGUGAGUUUCCCGGGUGGCGUCGGGGUGCUGUUGCAGGCCUUGAGGGCGAGCUUGGGCAAGCCACAGGUGUCAGAGAUGGCCGACUACUUGACGAAGUACUUUAGGCAGACGCGGAGGAAGGCACAGGAGUCGAUGGCGGACUACAUCACCCGUAAGUGUGAAGUAUAUCUACGAGCCCAACAAGCCCUACGAAGAGUGAUGCCUCAGCACCAGAAGGCCAGCUCGGUCCAAGGGAGCCGAGGUGGAGGAGGGAUCGGCUACGCCAGCUGGAGCCGAAGGACCAGUGUGGAGUCGGCAGAAGCAGGCUCACAGGCGGCAACUCCGGUGGCCCCUGUGACCACCGAUCCGCCAGAAGACGAUGACGAGGCCGGGACCCAGGAUGGCAGCCAGAGCCAGUGGCGAGACUGGGACUGGAGUGGAUGGUCGUCGUGGCAAGGCGGCUGGACGGGAUACCAAUAUGGCUGGCGGCCGGAUUGGUGGUCCCAAGGAGGAUCCUACACCGGGUACUCCCAGACCGCCGAGGAGCCGAUCGUGGAGAUCCUGCCGGACUUCGUUCAGGGCUGGUACCUGCUGUUUGAUGCGUCGUUGAACACGACGGAGAGGAACCUUAUCCACACGGCGGUGCAGGGUGACUACUCUCUGCAGAGGAUCGCACAGGAGCUGCGGUCGCAGUGGGAUGACAACAACAUUCGGCAACGGGACAGCAGGCACCAGAGCAGCUACAUGGGGGAUGCCGACGAGGAGAUGUACGACGAGGACCUCGAGUUCCAGGAGGGGUUCUCCGUGGAGAACCUCAGCGAUGAGGGACAAGCGCUGGUGGCGGAAGCAGAAGAUGAAGCACAGGAGGCGCUGGCGGCGCUUCACCAGGCUAAGCGCACCCUCCGGGAGGCGCGGGACAAACAGCACCAGGUGCGUAUGUCCAGGCAGUACUUCAAGACAAGCGCGGGCCGGAACUCGAGUUCGGGAGCUUCAUCCUCAGCCGGGAGAUCGAGUACAUGGAGCCAGUCCAAGCCUCGAGACGAUUCCAAAAUGGUGUGUUUGAAGUGCAAUAAGGUUGGCCACCGCGCGGCCAACUGUCCCCAGCGGGACCAGCAGGCUCAACACACCGAUGAGGCAGUGGAGAGCGCGCCCUUCAUCUGCUACGGCGAGAUGGCCUUGUCCGCCAACCACGUGGAGACCUUGCCCAAGGAGUUGAUGACGACGCAAGAGGCGAUGGCCAGGGGUUGGUGCGUCGUGGAUGGUGGCGCGACAAGGACAUUGGGAAGCGUGACGGCUGUCCAAAAUGUUCUGGACCGGAAUGCUGAGGAAACAGGCUACACCAAGCUCCUCAAGGUGGACACCGAUCGCAAGCCCGUGUUCACCUUCGGCAACAGCUCGGAGAACCAAUGCAUGAGUACGAUUGAACUCGGGUUGCAGGCCGGGACCAAGGAGGGCAAGCUCACCGUCCACACCUUGGACACCGGGAGUGGACCAAUCCUUCUGAGCGUGUCUUCGCUGAGAGCUUUAGGCACAAAGGUCACAGAGCGGCCACCAGCUCUUAACUCCCCGCACGACAGCAUGAGCCUCGAUCGCAAGAACAAAGGCGACCUCCAACAGCUCAUGCGGGACCGCGGAGAGGCCUGGGUGAGCAAGAUCAACAAGGCGCGCACCAAGAAGGCCACGAUCAUCGAGCUGUGCACCAAGGAGCUGGGACUGACCCUUUCGGGUCACGAGACGAUUCCUACGCUGGAACGACUGGCUCUGCAGAAGGCGCACUUGAUAUCCACCCCCAUGGCCGAAGAUGUGGUGGGGUUCGGCCGUCAUGCGGCCCUCGAGUACCAGGACAUCAACCUGUACCAGGUGGCCUACCGCGAGUGGGUACUUCGGACAGAAGCCGAGGAGGCGGGAUGCGACUAUCGCCUGAAGCGUUUGGCACAAUGGCUCCGGGAGAACCCGGUGGUCAAGACCGCGAAGGAGGUCGAGGCCAAGGCCAAGGCGAUUCCCAAGAAGAAGGCGGAGAGCAGCGCCGCGUCAAGUUCCGAGACUCCCCAGGUGAUGGACCGCGACAUGCUGACGAUUCUCCAGAACCUCACGGGCACGCUGCAGGACCUGAAGGACGAGGUAGCCGAGCUGAAGGGAGAGAGACCGCGGAAGAAGGACCCAGCCAGGGCGAUUUCGGAGGCCACGUCCGACGGGUACACGAAGGUUGGUUGUGAGCCACAGAGUCAUCUGACGACUGCUGUACAGGAACUGAUAGGUGAGCACGCUACGCCCAGGAGUCGUAUGGAUAUCUCCAUCCGAUACACCGUUUUCCCCUAUGCAGCACCCCAGGAAGAGGAUUUUGGACCCGAGGGGAUUGAAGAAGAACUGUACGCGACUGACGAGCUGAUUGCAGCCGAGCAGAAGGCCAAGGAGCUUUCUCAGCAACAGGACUACAGUGAGGACGCAUGUUUGGAACUUUUGCGACUACUUCCUCUGAAGGCACAGAAGGCCCGGACAGGCCAGCUUGGAGAAGAGAGAGUCAUGUAUCAUGUGUUUGGCACUUAUGCACAUGGCAACCAGUAUGGUUUGUGUAAUCGGACACGUGCCAUGACCCAAAGUGUCAAGUACCUGAACGACUAUGUCAAAAGCAGGGUUCCCGAAGGCACCCGAUGGACCUCCCUCGUGAUCAACCAAGGCUUGGGUCAGUACACAAAGGGGGGGUUGUGGGUGCAAGACACUCCACAGGCGCAAGAAAUGGGGCUGGAAACACCGUCAGGAUUGGCCGUGUUCGCGGCUGAAGGAGUUGAACGAUCAAACAAGCAAACACAAGAAAAGAUCAAGAAGCAGUUCGCCUCGCCCGAGGUGCUAAAGCUGGCAUCGGAGUUCCGAUGCUCCAUCUGUGAGGAGCAGCAUCAGUUCAUGGUGAUCAUUGAUGAAGGGUCCAGGUUCAGAGCGGUUCGGGAUUAUUGUGACAGACACCAAGUGUUUCUGGAUUUGGUUCCAGGGGAAGCGCAUUGGAAGGUUGGUGUGUGUGAGCAGGCCGUUCAGGGUUUAAAGAUGGUCAUGGACAAGCUGUGUCAAGCUGAAGGCACUCUAGUGGCAGAGGAAGCUCUAGCCACGGCGGUCAGGACCUUCAAUCAGAGGGAUCUGAUCCGGGGAUACUCCCCGGCUCAACAUGUACUUGGGCAAGCGCCAGAUGAGACAGGACGCAUAGAGACUACGCAGCUUCCGGUGCCUCCAGAGAUGCUUGUAGAAAACCCAGGAACUGAGUUCCGUGAGGCGGUUCAGCGACGAGCCGAGGCAGAGAAGGCCCACUGUGAGUGGGUGGCCAAGCAACGAUUGAUCCGAGCAGCCAACUCUAGGAGUAGAAGGGUCUACGACUACCAACCGGGUGAACUUGUGUAUUUCUGGAGGCAACAGGACUCAUCAAAGAACCGACAGGGCCCCGGCUCCAAACGAGGUUUCUUCAUGGGCCCUGCUAGAAUCCUGGCAACCGAAACCCGCAAGAACAGUGAUGGUACCAUGCAGCCAGGGUCUUCAGUCUGGUGUGUGAGAGGGAGGCAACUUGUGAAGUGUUGUGUUGAACAACUUAGAAGGGCCUCUCAGAGAGAAGAGUUGGUUGAGAGUCUUGUGCAAGAAGAAGCUACCCCUUGGACCUUCACCCGAGUGGCGGAACAGAUAGGAGGCAAUCAGUACGAGGAUGUUUCGGCUGACAGUCCUCACCUGGAGGAAUGGCUUCGGGCACAGGAACCAGAGGAGGAACAGCAACCUGUCAGGCACCGAUUGCGGGCAAAACGCCCGGCCCCGGCGCGCGCGGAAGGGGACUCUGAUGAGGAACUGAUUCCCGCGGCAGCCGAAGAAGGGAAGUCCCAGCUUCCCUCUCGGACCCCAAGAGCAGCAAGACGACCAGGACCCUACGGAGCACAGGCUGGAGCCUCCAAGGACCGUUGGCAGGACAGGGUUUCGGAGGACGCUUGGUUUGUAGGAGAACAAGCCUACUGGAACGACUCUCAGGCCGGGGUUCAGGUUGAGAUUGAUAUGCCAAACUCUCAGAAGGGUUGGGAGCAAGCGGUUCAGAACUUUGAGGGGUAUCUGGUCAGUGCCAUGCGGCGCCGAGCCGUCGAAGUGAGAGAAAAGAACCUCUCCGACGAGGAGAGGGCGCAGUUCCAAGCAGCGAAAGCUACCGAGGUCCGAAACUUUGUAGCAGCUCGCGCGUUUGAAGUGCUUCCCCCCGAUAUGAAACCCAGUAGAGAGCAAGCUAUCAAUAUGAGGUGGAUUCUCACCUGGAAGCAGCGUGAAGACGGUUCCAUGAAGGCAAAGGCACGUGCAGUGCUUUUAGGGUUCCAAGACCCUUCAUACGAGUUCCGAGAUACCACCGCUCCAGUAAUGUCCCGCCAGAGCAGACAACUUCUCUUACAACAAGCAGCUCGGAGAAACUGGACAGUGUUCAAAGGAGAUGUGUCUGGAGCAUUUCUCCAAGGCAGAGAAUAUCCAGGGAUACUGCACUGCAUCCCUUGUGAUGAGAUAUGCGAUGCUAUGCAUGUUCCAAGAUCCAGCAUUCUACGAUUGCGGAGGGCCUGCUAUGGCUUAGUAGACGCUCCCCUGGAAUGGUACAGGUCUGUAGCAGAAGUGCUGGAAGGCCUGGGACUACAGAGGACGUGGAGUGAUCCAUGUACGUGGGUCUGGCGGGUCAAUGGACAGCUGCGAGGCAUCAUAUCAGGACAUGUGGACGACUUCCUGUUCGCCGGAGCCGAUCAGGACAGGGAGUGGCAGCAGAUUCUUUCUAAGAUCAAGGAACGAUUUCAGUGGGGGGAUUGGGAAAAGGAUACGGAGGGUUUCAUUCAGUGUGGGGUCAAGGUGAUUAAGACUGAGGAGGGUUAUCACCUGAGUCAGCCACAGUUCAUUGAAGCACUCCGUGAAAUUCCUCUGAACGCCACACGCCGGCGGGAGAGACACGCCGUCACUUGUGAAAGAGAGAAGACGCAGUUGAGAGCUCUGUUGGGAAGUCUGAGUUGGUUGGCGCAACAGACGGCGCCUCACCUGUCGGCCUCGGUCAGCCUUCUGCUCUCAGAGGUGUCUCAGAGUACUGUGGAUACCAUAGUUCGGGUGAAUCAACUGACCUGUCAGGUUAAAAAGCGGAAGGACCAUGUCAUGAUCAUACAUCGCUUUGACGAGCAGGAACCUUUGGCCAUGUAUGCUUGGGUUGACGCUGCUUCUGUCAAUCGGACAGACGGGGGCAGCACGCAGGGCAUUUUCAUAGGCAUAGGUCCCUCAGGGAUGCUGCAAGGCGAAGUAGGUCGGGUCACGCCAGUGGUCUGGCAUUCCUCCAAAGUUGACAGGGUGUGCAGGUCACCAGGAGCUGCGGAGGCUCAAGCAGCCGUGAAUGGCGAAGAUAGUUUAUACUAUGCUCGCUAUCAUUGGAGUGAACUUGAGCUAGGAGACAUAGAUCCACGGAAUGCAGAAGACGCUGUUCGACGAGUACGAGGAUGCCUCAUCACGGACUCUCGGAACGUGUACGACAAGAUGAAUACAGAAGUGCUCGUGGUCAAGGGCGCAGAGAAAAGAACAGAUCUGGAAAUGCUGGGACUUAAGGAGUCUCAACACAACACAGAAUUGGUCAUUCGAUGGGUCCAUUCGGAGGCCCAACUGGCCAACAGCUUGACAAAGCAUGGAGGUGGACGCGAAAUAGAGAUGUACUACCAGAUGCGGCACAGGUGGAGGAUAGUGGAAGAUGAACAGAUGCGGUCCGCUCGAAGACGGAAGCAAGAAGGAGUGGCUCCACUAGCAACCAGCAGCAAGGAUGAACGAAAUUUAUAA